AUGAUCGGUCCGCUGAGCAGAAGUUUACGGACCGGUGUGACACAUUCGCAACGUCUCUCCGUGUUCAUUCUAAAAAUGACUCCUUGGAGACACAAGAAGCAGGCACGGAUGUACACUGGUCCUCCAACAACUCACUUACUUGAAGAUUGUCUUGAGCUCCAUUACAAAGGGACUCAAAUGCAUUUGGAUUACAUUUGGUUGAGAGAUCACUGCCGCUCUGCCUUGUCUUACAACUCCAAAACAAACCAGAGGAACUUGGAUACCGGAAGUAUUGACCUCAAUAUUCGCCCAGAUCAUAUCCAAGUGGAAGAUGACCACCUCAUUCUCACUUGGCCGGGUGGUCACACAUCGAAAUACAGCCUAAGCUGGAUAGCUGAGAACAGCUUUGAAGGGAAGAAGCAAAGCACCAUACAACCACGAGUUCUUUGGAAUGCAGACAUUUAUAAUAAUUCACAUGUACCCACCUCCAAAUGGGACACCUUCAUGAGCAGCGAUGAUGAACUAAAGACGUUUCUGCAGAACUAUCUUCUCUAUGGGGUGGCUUUUGUUGAUGAUGUCCCUGCUACAGUUGAAGCCACAGAGGCCGUGACUCAGAGGGUUAGUCUUAUCAGAGAGACGACGUAUGGAAGAAUGUGGUGCUUCACUUCCGAUUUUUCUAGAGGAGACACUGCCUACAGCCAGCUUGCUCUGGACCGCCACACAGACACAUCUUACUUUCAUGAACCAUGUGGAAUUCAGGUUUUUCACUGCCUAAAACAUGAAGGGACGGGAGGAAGGAAUCUCCUUGUUGAUGGUUUCUACGCGGCUGAAACUGUUCGUGUCCAGUCGCCAAAACAUUUUGAGCUGCUUUCGCAUGUUCCAAUUAGGCAUGAAUAUAUUGAAAGCACUGGCGGCCACCAAAACCACAUGAUAGGCAUUGGCCCAGUCCUGAAUCUAUACCCUUGGAAUGAUGAACUUUACAUGAUUCGGUACAACAACUAUGACCGAUCAGUGAUAAACACCGUCCCUCAUGAUGUUGUUCGCCGCUGGUAUGUGGCUCAUCGACACUUGACCAUGGAACUGAGGCGACCAGAAAAUGAGCUGUGGGUAAAACUCACGCCAGGAAAAGUGAUUUUCAUCGACAACUGGCGAGUCAUGCAUGGUAGGGAGGCUUUCACUGGCUUAAGGCAACUCUGUGGAUGCUAUCUGAGCAGAGAUGAUGUUCUCAGCAAAGCACGUGGUUUUGGACUUCAGGCAUAA